ACACGCUAUUAAAAUUAUAAAUAUGACUCAUCGACUCUGGUAUAAAAAAAUCCAACUACCAAGGAAGUAAGCAAGUGUAAUAAUAUACUUGUGAAUGGCUAUAAUGUGCUCGAAAUUUAAGACUACGAUUAAUGCGUUUCACCUCGAUGGUUUAGAGGUUAAAACAAUUCAAUGAAUCUUUGGGCUUCGUGGGAAAGCGUCAGCACGCGUACAUCGAUCCAAUAGGUGCUGUGCGUAUUUAAAAAAAUAAAUAUGUUUGAUUGAUUUUAUUAUAAUCCAUUAAAAACAGUUACGCAGCAGACCCCGUUUUAAGAACCAUUGACACGCGGUAAGUCGGCGUGCGGUCGCGAGUCACGCGCUAGACGUUCACUGCUCAGGUGUUGGGGUUUGGGACUGUUGGGUCACAGCUGCAGUCGUCACUGAUCACUGUCGAUACGUCGACAUCAUCGGAAGCAGAUUAUGUCUGGAGUUGCGAUGGCCGAACGUCGGCGCCCCAAGGUCGUGUAUGUGUUCAGCGGCAAGCGGAAAUGCGGAAAGGAUUACAUCACGGACGCUCUACACAAGAGAAUUGGAUCAGAUAAAUGCGUAAUAAUUCGUCUUUCGGGCCCUAUUAAAAAGCACUGGGCCCAAACUAAAUCACUUCAAUUAGAUGAACUUCUCAGUGAUGGUGAAAUGAAAGAACAACAUAGAAAGGCAAUGAUUGAAUGGAGCGAAAAUUUACGUACAAAUGAUCAUGGUUAUUUUUGCCGUAUGGCAAUAGAUAUGUAUGAUCAAAAUCACUCAAAAGAUAUCUGGAUUGUGAGUGAUGCUAGAAGAAAAACUGAUAUUGAAUGGUUCAAAUCAAGUUUUGAUAAUUUAAAACUGAUUAGAAUCACAGCAGAUGAAUGCACAAGAAAAGAAAGAGGAUGGAACUUUAUACAUGGAGUUGACAAUGCAGCAUCAGAAUGUGAUUUGGAUGACCAUUUAGAAUGGGAUUGGGUUGUCGAAAACAACAAAUUUAAUGAUUGCAAUGAAUUUAUAAAUGAAAUAGUGAAUCAUGCACUGGCAAUUCAAUGAUAUUUAU